AUGGAGGGCCCCCAGGAUUGGGCCGAUACUGAUGUCCUCCAAGGCAUUAUGGCUGAUGACAACCACGACAAGGGUUUCGACCCCAGCUUAGAUUUACACCUUGGUUCUGAGCCUUCAUAUCUCAACCAAUGGUCCUCAAAUCCCUACUACUUUUCUCGAGGCGAACAAGAUGCCUGGAAUCCGCUGCUGGUCACUGGUGUUCCAACCUCGUCGAUGUCGCAUAUGAAUGUUUCCGUUCCCGAUGAAUAUUGCUUCUCGCACCACCCCUAUAGCGAGCCAUCUGAGAAUGGCAGCCAGUAUUUGGACAGCUACCCCUCCGCCGAUUCCGGAUAUGGCGCAACAAGCUGCGCGACACAGUCUGUCGUGGCAUCUAGCUAUACAGAGUCUAGUCCCGCCAAGGACGUGACCGAGGGCACUUUUGACUCCCACAGCGCAUCCAGAGAAUCCUACUCAUCCGAGUUUGUCGGGUCGCCAUCGAUGUUUGAAGCAUCUGUUAAAUGUGAUCACCGUUCAUGUCUCUGGGUCGGGAAAUGUCCAUCAGAUAAGCGGUAUGUUUUACAAGGCCAAACGUUCUGGCAGACGACUGACUUCUGUAGGAAACACGAGGCCCGUCAUCGCAAGCUAUUCAAAUGCGACGAACCGAACUGCCCACGGAAAGAAGGUUUCGGUACAAUUAAUGAUCUCGCCCGUCACAAGAAAUGCGUACACAACAAAGAACCAGAGCGUGGUCCGAAGAUGACGUACUUGUGCUUCGGGAUGAACUGCCCUCGUCCAGACAAGAGAUGGCCGCGCCUGGAUAAUUUCAAGCAACACUUGAAUCGGAUGCAUCACGACGAGGAUGGCGAGGUACUACUGAAAAGAUCCAUGGACUGGUACGAAAAAGUGAUCCGACCUGGAAAGCGCACCAAAACGCACAGUACUCGGGCAGAUUCGGAGUUUGAUGUACAGGAAGAUGUGGCGUGCGCCCAGUCAACCCCCGAUCACGAGCCGGAAAUCAAGUCGACGUCUCAGAAUACCGAAAUCUUCACGUUUGGUGCCACAUCCGACACCCAACAACAAACAGCGACAGGCUCGGAUACCUCGCAGUUCCCGGCCUUUGGCUCGUUCGGACUGGCAGGACAAGAAGCCGCAGCGGAUCGCACCACGAAAUCAGAAGGCUCCAUCACAGACGCAGCAGAUAACUUGAUCAACGCCAUGACGAAGAUGAUGAACAACCGUGGGCGGCGAUCAAGUCAGAAUUUCGAUGAAGGGAUCGAUCUCGAUUCAGAUAGUGCUCAGCUCUCGCAGCCCCAACGCCAAAUGCUCCAGAAGGUCCUCUCGGCCGCUCUAGAACGCCUCGCGGAUAAUGAAACGACCCAAGAAACCGAAAAGCAAGAUUGGUUUCAAUGCGACGCAUGUCCGAAGAAGACCCGACUUCGCUGUGAAAUGAAUAUCAGAAAACACCAAAAGCGCCACGAAAGACCUUACGGAUGCACCUUCCCCCACUGCGCAAAGUCAUUUGGCAGCAAAGCCGAUUGGAAACGACAUGAGAUCUCUCAGCACCUCAACGUCCCAAGCUGGCUCUGCACAGCCCACGAUCUGACUAAAGGCCCCUGCGAGCGCCUUUUCUACCGUCCGGAUAUCUAUAUGCAGCAUCUACACCAGCACGGAAUGUUGGAUCAUCAGAUUGCUGCGGCGACAAAUAAUCGCCUUGAUCUGAAUGGCCAGUCCGACUUCUGGUGCGGAUUUUGCAAUCGGCGCGUCGGACUUAAGAGCCAAGGCGCCGCGGCUUUGGAUGAACGAUUCAAUCACAUUGAUAUCGAGCACUUCAAGAAAGGAGAAAGAGGACAGGAUUGGGCUUCGCCUUCAGUUGGAACGACUGAUGCAAAGCUUGAUAAGGGGCGGAAGCGCAAGUUUGCGGUCGUUUGA